AUGAUGGGGAAGCAAGAAUCGAUACCCGGUAAACAAUACGAAGGAACACAAGGAGCAAGUAAUUCUCAUUCAAGCACUAACCUAGAGAGAGAUAUGGCACUUAGUACUAAAACAAAUCAGGUUAAGAUUAAGUCAGAUUGUGAUGCUUUUCACCAGUUAUGGAAGGCAAACCCCAACCAAGUUCCCACCUUGACACCGACUUACAUCCAAAACUGCCAAGUCCAUGAAGGUGAAGUUGGAAACCUGGGCUGUUGUCUCGUCUGGAACUAUUUUCAUGAUGGAAAAGACCGUGUUGGAAAAACAAUAACCACGGAUUUCAACGAGGGAAAAAAGUCGGUCACAUUUAAGGUUGUUGAAGGUGAUCUCAUGGAUUUAUAUAAGACCUUUGUUAUACAUAUUCAAGUAGACAAAGAUGGUUCAGACAACAUUGUCACAUGGACUGUUGAGUAUGAGAAGUUGAACCCAAAUGUUCCUGAUCCCGAUACGCUGAUGGAAUUCUACGAGAAGGUUACCAGAGACAUAGAGGCUUGCCAACUCCCGAAUUAAAUAAAUCAAAAUCUAAUGCCAUAUCAAUACAGGCGACAAUAAAGGAUUUUCUUUGUAUCGGAUGUUGCACUACGUUGUUAUCUUAUGUUUUACGUGCCUGGUAUAUGUAAUAAAUGGUAUUGUCAUAAUAAACGUAGUUUGAUAUACUAAAUUUUAAUUAUGUGACAAACUACUAAAGUCUAUAGGUGAAAAAAUUAGAAAAAAUUUUUUAAUUCUAAAAAAUAAAUUGCUUUUUAAAUAUUUAGGUCGCUGUUUUUUGAUAUGUUCUGAAUCUUAAAAGAGGUCAGCAAAAAUUGUAAAUGCAUCAAAUAAACAUUUUAUGAGUGGUUUUAUUAUUCAAUGCAUCAACUUCGGCAGUAACCACCACUAGUACAAAAUUGGCUUUUGUUAGCGUAAAAAACCA